AUGCAAAAGUACGAAAAGCUGGAAAAAAUAGGUGAAGGCACGUACGGAACGGUGUUUAAGGGGAAAAAUCGUGACACGCUCGAGAUUGUCGCUCUGAAACGCGUUCGGUUGGACGAGGACGAUGAAGGUGUGCCAAGUUCGGCUUUGCGCGAAAUCUGCCUUCUGAAGGAACUAAAACACAAAAACAUUGUCCGGCUGUACGACGUCCUUCAUUCGGAUAAAAAGCUAACACUCGUGUUCGAGCACUGCGACCAGGAUCUGAAGAAGUAUUUCGACAGUCUGAAUGGCGAGAUUGAUCCGGAUGUGGUAAAAAGUUUUAUGUAUCAGCUGCUACGUGGCCUCGCCUUCUGCCACAGUCACAACGUGCUACACCGGGAUCUGAAACCACAAAAUUUGCUGAUCAACAAAAAUGGCGAGUUAAAGCUGGCCGAUUUCGGGUUGGCUCGUGCUUUCGGUAUUCCUGUCAAGUGUUACUCGGCGGAAGUCGUUACACUGUGGUACCGGCCACCGGAUGUCCUCUUCGGUGCCAAGCUGUACACUACCAGCAUCGACAUGUGGUCGGCGGGAUGCAUAUUUGCUGAACUGGCCAAUGCUGGAAGACCACUGUUUCCCGGUUCCGAUGUGGACGAUCAGCUGAAGCGAAUAUUCAAACUGCUAGGAACACCGACCGAGGACAGUUGGCCCGGGAUAACGCAGCUAUCGGACUACAAACCCUUCCCACUGUACCCUCCGACAACCUCCUGGAGCCAAGUUGUGCCGCGGCUUAACUCCAAAGGGCGUGAUUUGCUUCAAAAGCUUCUCGUGUGUCGCCCGCUACUGAGACUGAGCGCUGAACAGGCUAUGUCCCACCCGUACUUUACCGAGAACUGAAAGCGGUUCUAGCAUUUCAAGGCGCUACUGACGACCAAGCCGACGUUACAAUCUUUGGCAUCGUCAUCGUCGUCGGGGUCGGCUUUUGAUAGGCCGUCAAUGCCGGGAACCAAACAAGAAGAUAUCGGUGCGGUGUCGGUGUCUGCCGCCGCGACAGACGCAACCCCAAGCCAAGGUCAAGAACAGUCUUUUAAGACGCCACUGGAACCAAUCCGCGAGUAACAACGACUCCACAAUAACUCAUAUUUUCUAGUCGUAAAGUGAUUUUUCGGAUAGAUUCAUAUUUAGCGCUCGCGCUGAAAGAGAUUAAAGAGGUAAACAUUUGAAGUGAUUGUCGUGAGAAGAUAGUAGAGUGAAUACCGUCGUUUUAACGUUUUCCUUAUCUUAAACUGCCCCUAGCGAAGGUUUUGAAGAAGAUGCUAUUAGGUGGAAAAGAUGUAUUUCUUCCCAAACCUUGAUACCACUAGCGAGUCUCGGUCAUUCCCUCGGUGAAAUGAUGAACGCAUUUGCCGUUCUGUAGUUCCUUUGGUUUUGAUUAGCUGGAGAACUGCGGUCACUAUGAGCCAUUUCAGGAUCUGUGUUAGUUUAAUAACGGGCAAGUGCAGCCACUGAAAGCCAUUUGUAUGUAAGAAUGAAAAGAAAAAAUAAAGUAACUCUUAGCAUCACUAGCAGGCAGGACAACUAUUGGAAUUGGUGUGGGACUACAUUGGAGAGAUGGAUCAAUAUCAAAGAUCAUUAUACGCUUGUUUUCUUAUGACUGUAGUGGCUAAAACGCAUUUAUUUCUCCGAUUUUUACAUCACACAUAAAAUUACA